AUGAACAAGGAGGCGUUUGAUAAACUUCCUCUUGAUAAGAAGAAGAUUAUAGAGGCAGCGUAUUUCAGUACUGUUCGCAAGGAAAUAUGUGCGUCUCAGUUUUUUGGGGUGUGUAGGGGAGCACUGAGCAAAGAUCAAUUUGAAAGCCUGUUUUCAAACAAUGCUAGCGCUGGAGCUGGAGCUGGACCAAGCAAGGAGCAAGAGGAAAUAAAGACGGAACACCUACAGGAUAUCAUUCAGUACUCUGGAGUUGAUCUUAAGGAGGAAGCAGACCAAAUAGUAAGAGAUGCGGAAACGAAUGUGAACUUUGGAGAGUACGAUGAUGAGGAUAUAAACGGCCAGAUGAACACUUUACUGAAUGUGCAAUUAUUUAGGGAAUUUGUGAUGAGAGCAGGAAGCUCGAGGAAGGUGAUGAUUGGGGAAGAGUCAUUGCUACUGCUUUUCCAGGUGAUCAAGCGAAAGAUGAUUGAUUUUAUUGAGAAGAUGGAAAGGGCAAGCAGGAACAGGGUGGAGUAUAAUUUGUCUGAGUUUAUUAUCAGGAUAAACAAUGAUUUGAGUAGGCAGCUUUGGUGUCUUGAGCAAAUUGAGAAGGCGGAGAUGGAGAAGUUUAUGAUUAAGAAAGGAGAAGAAGAAGGAAAGAAGAAGGUGAAGAGGACGAUUCAGGAGAGAGAGGAUCUGGUGAUUAAAAAACGAAUGAGCAAUACAGUUGCAUUGGCAGCGCUAGGAAUACAGCAGAAGUCAUGGAUGAGUGCUGAGGAUGUUAGAAUGAAUGAAGAGAACACGUCAUUCAAUUCUAUAUAUUCGCCAUUUGAUGAAAAAGCAUUGGAUCGAAAGGUUCAUAACAGGACUAUUACGAUGAAAGACUUUUUGUAUGUUCUUGAGAGGGAUCGAAGAUAUAACAAAUCGAUUUUUACGAUUCAGCAUUAUUUUAGAUGA